GAGCAAUCUUCUUCAGAAGGCCGGAAGGCGGAACAGCUUCCCCUUGCUGGUCCGCGCCUCUUCGUAGUAUAAAUAUAGCGCUGAUUCGAACGUACAAUCAAAAUGAGGAAGUGCACCUUCUCUCGCUCGCUCGCUGUCGUUGUCAAGAACACUCUCUACGAAGUUCCUUCCCUCACAUUGGAUUUUGCACAUCACUACGAGCUUUGAUUUGGUUCAAGAACGAUGUGACUGUAUCAUCGCUAACGAUUCAACAGCUCAUAGGUUUUCCGAGCAUCUAGGAAACUAUAAACAAGGAAAUGAAUUAAUGAGAUAUACAUGGAAAGCAAAUAAUUUUGUAGCCAUUGGGGACUCCUGUAAUCAAGCUAAAGGUCAUCCUUCCAAUGGAGCUCCUAUCUGACAGCUGGUUGCUUGCAGACAUCUAGCAAAAGAUUUAUCUAUCUACACAAAUGUCUGACUCACAAAAGGGAGCUUCUUCCUCUGUUGAUGCAAAGAAGAAAACCCCUUCUCUAGAUGAGGAAAUUGGAAAGGAAUUUCUCAGCUCGUGGAAGUCUAUCUCUGUGACAGAUGAUGCAAUAGAUUUUGACUUUGAAACAGUCACCCAGGGGAAGAAAAAGGCAUUUAGCUUUGAUAAACUGGAUAUGGAUUUCAAUCUUGAUGGCGGUUUUGACAAGAUAUCAUCAUUCAAAGUAGAUAUGCCAGACCUUGAUUUCUCUUGCCAACCAAAAAAGACUGGAAAAGCCAAGGAAAGAUCAGAAGAUUCUGCCAGUGGAAAUCAUCAACCAAAGCAAGACCAUUUUGCCUUCUCCUUUGAUUUUAAUGAUUUCAGUUUUGAUUCAAGCUUGAUGAAAGAAGAAAAAAAAUCAAAUAAAAGCCAAGACAACAAAGGAGUUGCUUUGGAUAAAAGUGAGAGCACUUCAAAGGGAUCUAAAAACCGGUUCGCUGAAGGUACUAGUGCAUUUGAUGAUAGCACAAUCUUGGAACUUCCACCACUGGGGAGUGGCACCACUUCAAAGGUUGAGACUCCAGUGGAUGGUCAUGGAAAUCUUGAUUCUGGGGAUGACAAUUGUCCUUCAAAAUCCAUGUCUGCUAAUCUAGGUGUGUCACCUGCAGCAGAGACGUUAGUAGAGAGAACACCUUCCAAUGCAGAAGAGACAGACCAAGAAAAUCAACCAUUAGAGAGGACAGUUUCCACUAAAACAUAUGCUCAGCAGAUCAAUGGGGUUUUGCCUGUUCAAUCUGCAUCUGGAAAUGAUUCAAUUCAAGAUACUGUUUCAGAAUUACAAACAGAAGUGUGUGUGCUGGACACAAAAGUAAAUGGAAACUCAGAUGGAGAGCAGACUAUCAGUGCCAAAACUGUACCUGGAUUGGGACCUAAUCGUGAAAAGUCACGAUUAAAGGAUUCAUUGUUACCGCUCCUUGUAGGACCACAGAACAGUAAUGGUGAAGGGAAUGCAUUGGGCAGUGAUAAUCAUGCUCUGUUGGGAAGCAAAGAUGACCCUGAACCAAACCAAGGUGACUCAGGACUUGAAGAUACUUCCAUUACAAGCGUCUCGAAGAGCGCUCUGCAUGGUUCAAAGGCCCACCAAGAAAACCACAACUCAACUUCAAAGUUUUUUCUGGCCCCAUUGAACAGUGAUAAAUUGGAAGAAAAAAGUAGAGUCAUCGAUUCAAAGUUUUUUAAGAGAUCUGAAGAAUUGCAUCAAGCAUCAUCAACUUGUUCAACUAUUAUCUCACGUGGCGGCAAAAGUGUUGGUACAACACAUUUAAGUUCUGCUGAUGAGAGAAGGGAGGAAUUCAAUGCUGAUGAUACACAAAUUGGGAACAAACCAGUAGUGAGAUCACAUAGUACAGAAUUAACAGAUGAGAAACAUGCUUUACUGGGAAAUGAGAAUAGUGUUAAGGAUCUUAGCAGUAUUAGGGACUGUGUGUGUUCUGAUGAUGCACAAAAUGGGAGCAAACUGGUUGGCUGUUCUGGUCCACAUGAUAAAGAUGUAGCACAAGGUGAACCUCUUCUGCUGGGAAGUGAAAAAGUUAAUGUUCAAAAAACUUCCAGUGCUCCAGUUAAUUGUUCUGGCUCAACUGGGCAGACAAUUAAAUCUAGCACCCAGAAAUGUGUAAAUCCUAAACUUAUGGUUUCAAGCAUGGCAUCUAAGCGGACAUUAAAUAUUUCUUCCCUUGAAGGGAUUAAAUUUUCUUCUCUUAAAGCUGCCAAGAGGACACCUGACCAGUCUAGUUUAAAGAGUUCAAGGAUGGUGGGUUUGAACAAGGACCUGUCAAGUUCUACAUUUCAUAGACAAACUAAAUCCUUGCAAAAGACAGAGCAAGAAGAGCAAGUACAAGGACACGUGACAUUCAGGACAGCCUCUUCUGUUACCCCAGAGAAACGAACAACACCAACUUUAUCUUUGAAAAGGAAAACAUUAGAGGAAACAAAUGUGGAUCCAGUGGCCCUAAACCCAUCAAAACGUCUCUCUGAAUCACCCAAUGAAAGCAGAAAACUGAAGGGAGCUUCAGGUGGAUUGAUUGCUGAACAGGUUUGCAGCAAUGCAAACGUUGUAGAUGAUACUGCCAUGGAUGUUGACUAUGACCAUACAGCUUCUACUUCAGAUACUCUCCAAGAAGUGAAUAUGACAAUGUUGGAAAUUCCUUUAGGAAUGGAAAAUGAUGGAAAUGUUGAGAAGGCCGAAGCAUUUUCAAAGGAGCUUGAAAAUAUCUGCAACAUGCUGAAAAAGAAGCACGAUGAAGCGAAGGAAUUAUUGGUCCGAGCUAUUGUAAACAACAAUAAUCUGCUUAUGCUCAACCAUCCAAUCUAUGAAGAGAAGAUAUCCUUCCAAUUGUGUUCACUCUUGCAUUCUUUUUUCCAUUGCUUUUGUUGUGGUUUGGAAAUACUUUUGCACUCCUUCAUGAUUGAAUACAUUCGUAUGGUUCAGAAAUUUGCUACCCAGCUGAUGUCCAGGGAAUUUCAUACCUAACAGCCAGUACAACACUUGUCAAAUAAAGGUCUAGUUGUUGUAUAAAGUUCCCUCUCUCUCUCUCUCUCUCUCUCUCUCUCUCUCUCUCUCUCUCUCUCUCUCUCUCUCCAUCCAUUUUAUAUGAAUGCUUUUCUUUGUGUGCUGCUUGUGCAUACAAUCCUAACAAGUUCCUGGCUAUAAAUUCGCAGUUUCAAUUGCCAUUUCUCGGAGAUGCAGUUCAUUCUCUGGUUUGGAUCACAUAUAUUUGCCUUCCCCACUAACUGUUUCAAGCAGGUGAACUACACAAGUUGCAUUGGUAUGAGUAUUUUUUUAGUUACGUACUCCAUUACUGAAUUCUGGUUGCAAAUUGAGAUGCCGAGUCCAGUGAGUGAGUCAUAUCUUUUUCUGAUGGAAGUGUUGAAAGAGCAGCAAUCACAUAAUGGAUUAAUAUUUUUCUUUAAAGUUGAACCUCAGUCUCAGUCUCUAGAUUGGGAGAAUAUAAUCAGCACAUCUCCCCC